AGGAUGUGUGGCUUGCGCAUCCUGAUCGUCCUGCUCGUGCUGAAGGCGGCGAGUCUACUGCAGGGCCUUCAAAUGCAGUCACUUAAGAACGUGCCGGGAAUAUUUCCCGUCAAGGAAGGAAAGGCGGUAAUAAGCAGAGAAAAAUGGACACUCAUAAGAAUAUUGGACCUUAAUAACAUUCAAGACGAUUUAACAUUAAACAUCAACAAACUAAAAGAAUUAAACACGCUUAUAGAAGCAAAUUUCAAUCAGACUUACAUAAAUGUAGUAUUUAGAAACUUUAGGAUACAAGUAGAGUAUAUUAAGAAUGUAACGUUAAAUAAAUAUAAGCAGUUAGUUCCUAGUUUUAGAGUUAAGAGGGGUCUUAUUAACCCAUUAGGCAGUAUCAUUAAAACGAUUACUGGCAAUUUAGAUCACGAGGAUGCUAGGCGCUACGAUCGGAUUAUUGGAGAAAUUAAAACUAAACAAAACGCUCUUAACUACAAAAUAACCUUAGUCACUGAUUUUAUUGAAAAUCUUAACAACUGGUCUGUAUCUGUUUAUAAUAAUAUAAACCAGUUAAAUGAUAACUUUAAUAUCGUCCAAAAUAACUUGGAAAAUAUUAAAGAACAAGAAAGAACAGCUUUUAACACUAACAUAAUUGUUCAUACGUAUUCACUCAUUUUACACAAUUUUCAGAGCCUCUAUAGCAAAUUGGGUGAAAUAGAAACAGCCAUUGCCUUUAGCAAACUUAAGACACUACAUCAAUCAAUUGUCGAUUCUGAGAAAUUGUUAAUUGUACUAAAGGAUAUUGAAAAAUCGGCAAGAUUUGCAUUUUCAGUAAGUUUAGAUAAUCUUGUUAAAAUAGAACAAACUAUAACUAUAAAAGCAUAUUGUAAAGAAAAUCAGUUAACAUUUUUAUUAGAAAUUCCACUUAUAGAGAAAGAGACCUAUACAUACUAUAAAUUGUACCCUACUCCUAUUUCCCGUGAUCACGAUACUUACGUCAUCCUUCCCAAGUAUCCUUACAUGAUAGUGAAUGGACUCAACUCCGAACCACUCGCCGAGCCCUGUACAGCUACAACACCCUCCAACUUCAUAUGCUAUGUUGACUCUACUAGCCAAAUUUUGGAAGACCGUUGCAUCACGGACAUCAUGAAGUACGCAACCAAUCUCAGUUCCUGUGAAUUUAUACCUGUGGUCAUCGACAACAUCCUGUUGCAUCAUAUUCAGCCGAACCGUUGGAUCAUAUUUGUGAAACAGAAUACCCUACUGCAACAACAAUGCAACAACGAUAUUUUCCAACGUUAUGUACAAGGGUCACAUGUUAUAACUAUAGAAGAUCAAGCGUGUGAAGUGAAGAUUGACAAAUUUACCUUAAAAGUACAUCCCCAAAUGACAGAGCUCAUGCAAUAUCUCAAGCUACCGGUUAUAAGUCUGCCCCACAUCAGUAACGUGAAGACUCGACAGCGAAAACCAAUAAUGAUGGAAGAUAUGAACUUGAAGAACAUGCAGUUAUUAGUAAAAUCAGUAAAAAGUGUCAGUGAAAGUGAAGUGGAAAUUGGUAAAAUUAGAGUCUAUAGUGUCAGUGUCUGGACGAUCAUAUUGUAUUUAAUUAUAGCUGUUUUCAUUGUGGUCAUUUGGUAUAUUAGACUUAAGAAAUUAGAUUACACUUGUAACUUUCGAAAUUCUCAGAAUACUGAUGAUUCUGAUAAUUUCGAAUCUCAGGGGGGAGAAGUCAUGCGACGCAACUCCCGGACCACCCAACAAAUGCCUACGCGCACAAUACUUAUUCCAGGAGAGAUAAGACAUUUAUAAACAUCCGAUGUGCCUUGCAGGCAUAAUCUGGGUGGUCUCUA